CUCCGACGCUACGAGCAAUGCCACUGGUCGAUCCUGCGCUCAUGGCGUUGCUAUGCUCGGCCGCUGAUACUAUAUCAGCUGGCCCUCUGCUGGCCGGCGAUGUGACUUGAUCCCACCCUCCGCAGCCACGCCCGGCACAAAACACGCGUCUCGAAAACAUGGCCCAAGACUUCACAGACUUCGUUCUGCAGAGAUCAGAUUCGCAACUGCCAGACUAUAGCAAUGAACAAGUGGUGCACAAGAACCGCUUGCCGCACAGAGCUUAUUACAUCCCGAAGGAAUCCCUCCUGCUCAGCGGACAAUGGGACUUCCAUUAUGCCCCGACGCCUCUUCAUGCUCCCGAUCCGGAGUGCUUACACACCCAGUCAUACACUCCUGGCGAUACGUCUGACGAUGGUGAGCUGGACGUCACAAUCGCCGAGCCUUCCGCUGCUCCAGAAUGGCACAAAAUCGCAGUACCAGGACACUGGCAGCUUCAAGGUUAUGGCCGCCCGCAGUACACGAACGUCAUCUACCCAUUUCCGGUCUGCCCGCCACACAUUCCGACAGAGAAUCCGACAGGCACAUAUAAACGCACUUUCCGCACUCCGAAGUCAUGGUCCCCCUCUUCACAAAUCAGACUUCGAUUUGAAGGCGUUGAUAGUGCAUUUCACGUUUGGAUCAACGGCAAGCCAGUAGGUUAUUCCCAGGGAUCUCGAAACCCCGCCGAGUUCGACGUGACUCGAUAUCUUAGAGCGAAUCGGGACAAUGAGCUGCUCGUAAGAGUGUAUCAGUGGUCAGAUGGCAGCUACAUAGAAGACCAGGACCAGUGGUGGCUAUCGGGAAUAUUCAGAGAUGUGCUUCUGCUUGCGCUACCUGAAUCGCGGAUCGAGGACUUCCAUAUCAACACAGAACUCGACGAUGAGUACAAGGACGCGAAUCUUCACGUGGGUCUACAGCUUCAGGUGAACUGGGACGCAUAUCUGACAGUGCGAUUGAGUGCGAAUGAUAAAAUUGUGGCAGAAAGCCAUUCGGCUUUGAGGCCAGGCCAGGAAACUGCAAAGAUCUCGAGACACAUCGCACGUCCCAUCAAAUGGACGGCUGAGACGCCCCAUCUCUACGAUCUGGAAAUCAUACUACGGGCCAAAGGAAGUAGCGAAGUCUUGCAGACGAUACGUCAGCGGAUUGGCUUCCGCUCCGUGGAGAUUUCGGACGGCUUAUUGAAAGUAAAUGGCAAACGCAUCCUGCUUCAAGGCGCGAAUCGGCACGAUCACCACCCGAAGUUCGGGCGCGCAGUUCCUCUUGCGUUCAUCCGUGACGAUCUGCUUCAGAUGAAACGCCACAAUAUCAAUGCUUUACGUUGCAGCCACUACCCGCCGGACCCCCGCAUGCUUGAUCUCUGCGACGAGCUAGGUCUUUGGGUCAUGGAUGAAGCAGAUCUCGAAUGUCAUGGCUUUUACGAUGCUGUAGCCCGACCACUGUCCAUUCCCGAGGAGAUGGAUUAUGAGGAACGGAAGAAGCUGGCAUUCCCUCAGGCGGCUGCGUACACCUCUGACAAUCCAGCAUGGGAAGCUCAGUACGUUGAGAGGAUCACCGCAGUCGUUCAGCGCGACAAAAACCAUGCUUCUGUGAUUAUGUGGUCGCUGGGCAACGAAGCCUUCUACGGCCGGAACCAUCAGGCGAUGUACGACUAUGCACGCAAAGCAGACCCCAGCCGACCUGUACACUACGAGGGCGAUGCACACGCACUCUCAGCUGAUGUCUUCUCUUACAUGUAUCCUUCCGUCGAGAGGCUCGCCAAGCUUGCUGAAACCGAAGGCGUGCACGAUGGCAAGUACGAGAAGCCGAUUGUGUUGUGCGAGUAUGCUCAUGCUAUGGGCAAUGGUCCUGGCAACCUGGAAGGGUACCAAGAGCUCUUCCGUCGCAAUGCUCGCUUGCAAGGCGGCUUCAUCUGGGAGUGGGCUAACCAUGGUCUGCUCACAAAGACUCCAGAUGGUAAGGCUUUCUACGGAUACGGCGGUGAUUUCGGAGAUAUCCCAAAUGACUCGACUUUUGUCAUGGACGGCCUAUGCUUCAGCGACCAUUCUCCAACCCCUGGAUUGAUUGAGUACAAAAAGGUCAUAGCACCGAUCAAGGCCGAGCUCAAGGAGGGGCAGGUACUUGUCACCAAUCUAUACGACUUCGUUGGGCUGAACCAUGUCACGGCGGUCUUCAAGGUAGAAUCGUUCUCCGAAGGGUCGAAACUACUCGCCUCCGGAACUGUCGAUUUGCCAGACAUCAAGCCGGGAGAGGCAGUCGAGAUUCUGCCGGAACGAGUGGCACUCACAUCAAAACUGCCUGAUUCAUUACUUACAAUCAGCUUCCGACAGUGGUAUGCUACGUCGUGGGCAGACGCAGGAUACGAAAUCGCAUGGUUCCAGCACCAGUCAAGCUCUGUAGCAGGGGAGACUGCAACCAGUAGCGACAGCAAGAUCGCUGCCUCGCUCACCCCAGCCAAUGAUGUGCGCAUCAGCACAUCGCAAGUCGCAUGGACAGUGUUCAACAGCGACUUCAAGAUCAUCUUCGACAGAUCUUCUGGAAUGAUAUCCUCAUGGACUUCAGGUGGACAGGAGCUUUUGGCUCCAGACACCAUGCGCACAAGUCUCCUUACACCUGGAUUCUACCGUGCGCCCACCGACAAUGACAGGCCGAAAGACGAUCUUGACUGGAAACGCUAUGGCUUAGACAUGCUCACCUCUCAACUUCGCACUAGCAGCAUCGAUCGCAAAUCACCAAGUGAAGUUGAAGUCACCUCCACGGUCUUCCUAUCACCGCCGAUCCUGGACUGGGGCUACACUGCAAAUAUGAGGUAUCGCAUCAGCGCUGCUGACGGACUGACGGUGGAAGCCACACUCACACCGAGCGGCAAGGUGCCGAGUACUCUUCCUCGUAUUGGUCUCGACCUCCGUCUCAACAAGGCUCUCGCUGCAGCCGAAUAUCUAGGUUUGGGACCGGGAGAGUCGUAUCCAGACAAGCAGGCUGCUCAGCGCAUGGGCCUAUACACCUCACAAGUCAAAGACUUGGCUACGAACUAUGAAGUGCCGCAAGAGAAUGGCAACAGAAUGGGCGCCAGAAGCGUCAAGUUCACGGACGAGAACGGUCUUGGCUUGCGAGCCACGAGACUUGAUGGUAAUGGCAAAUUUGCAUGGGCCGCUGGAUAUCACUCUCCGCAGGCACUGGAUGCUGCGAGACAUCCACAUGAGCUGGUGGAAGAGGACGCUUUACUUCUGCGACUCGACGUUGCAACUGCUGGAGUGGGCAGUGGGGCAUGUGGUCCUGCAAUACUGCCAGAGCAUGAGGUCAAGUGCAAGGAGGUCUCGUUCGCAUUCCAAUUGCAAGCAGUUGCUGGUCGGUAGGAUAGAUAUCGAGAACAAACCUCGCCACAUGCACUCGCCAAUGCUGCUCA